UUGUGAAGUUUUAAAAGCUCUUGCGGGUAGCGACCCAAGAGUCAAACCACAGAUAGAGUUGUCUUAUAUAGCUCACCGCACUGCUAUUCUCAGCUCAGAGGAAAAUCAACAGACACAGAGAACAUGGAUCAGGGUUUACUUCUCCACGCUCUAAUUCCCUCAUCAACCUCAGUUGCUAUCUUAGCCGCAUUCUUUACAUACUUGGCCAUUGUUGGACCUAUUUUACCUGGAAAAGUAGUUCCCGGUGUAAUCUUACAGGACGGUUCCCGUCUUCAUUAUCGCUGCAAUGGUUUGCUAUCACUUCUUCUGCUGGUUGCACUUCUGGGGAUGACUGCUAAGAUGGAUUACAUAUCACCCACUGUGAUUUCAGACAGAGGGCUUGAGCUGCUAUCAGCAACCUUUGUGUUAAGUUGUAUUGUGACCUUGGCACUGUAUGCUGCUGGCUGCAAGUCAAGAAAUCAGGGUUCUUCACUGAAACCUCAUCUCACGGGGAACCUAAUUCAUGACUGGUGGUUUGGAAUUCAGCUUAAUCCUCAGUGUAUGGGCAUUGACCUCAAAUUUUUCUUUGUUAGAGCUGGAAUGAUGGGCUGGCUAAUUAUCAACCUAUCAGUUCUUGCAAGAAGUAUUCAGGAUGCUACCCUGAGCCGAUCUAUGAUUCUUUACCAGCUUUUCUGUGUGUUAUACAUUCUGGACUACUUUUUUUAUGAGGAAUACAUGACCUCGACAUGGGACAUAAUUGCUGAAAGGUUGGGCUUCAUGUUGGUAUUUGGAGAUCUAGUGUGGAUCCCUUUCGGUUUUAGUGUUCAGGGUUGGUGGCUUUUGAAUAACAAGCCAGAGCUUACAACAGCUUCUGUAAUAGCAAAUUGCUUUGUAUUUCUGAUUGGGUAUAUGGUAUUUAGGGGAGCUAACAAGCAGAAACAUGUAUUUAAAAAGAAUCCCAAAGCACCUAUAUGGGGUAGGCCUCCGAAGGUCAUUGGUGGGAAGUUGCUUGCUUCUGGUUUUUGGGGAAUUGCAAGGCACUGUAAUUACCUUGGGGACUUGCUGCUUGCUCUGUCCUUCAGUUUACCUUGUGGAAUAAGUUCCCCAAUUCCAUACUUUUACCCCAUUUAUCUCCUUAUUCUGCUAAUUUGGAGAGAAAGGAGGGAUGAAGCUCGCUGUGCCACGAAGUAUAAAGAAGUCUGGGCAGAAUAUUGUAAACUUGUUCCAUGGAGAAUAUUACCUUACUUCUAUUAGUAACUAGGCUCCACAUUUGCCAAGUGACAUGUUGUUGUAUCCCAAGGCCAAAUGGCAAAUAAUUCUGAAGUAGUUGAAGAAGUUUGAAUUUGAAUAGAAUUCUAAUAAAAUUAUGUAGUAGAUUAGGAUGAGGAUUAGGAUUUAAUUUCAAUUUGUAUUUAAAUUUAAGUAGGAGUUGGGUCCUAUGUUUUAGGACUUGGUUGUGAUGAA